AACAACAAGGACAAAAUGUCGUAGCACAUGCAACUGAAGAGUACAGAUUUACACUUUUUACACGUUUACACAUUUCCUUCUUUUUCCUUCCUGAAAUUAUGAACGUAUUUCCAUCUCACUUUACAGUGAAAGAGAGUGCAAUACUAAAAGACCAAUAUAUUUUAUAAACAGAUAUAACUUAACCUAAUAUAACCAAAGGCGACAACUAAGUUUUAGUUCAACUUGAUGAUUAUAUACAUAUAAUAUUGAUAAUAGAAUCAAGAUUAAUCUUAAACAUUGGUUUAUAUAAAAUCUUAUCAAUUCAUAACAAUAUUAUAAAUUUAUAAGUGGUUUGAAGCUCACACAAAUAUUAAACUAAAUGUCUGAGAUAACAAUAAAGCUGUUUUAGCUGCUGUAUAAAAGUGACACGUCACUGAAUCACCAAGUGUACUUUGUAGCUACAAACGAUUUCAAGAUGAGUAUACCUCCCAUCAAACCACCACGUGGCAUUAAACCAACCAAGGAAACGAGUGGUCUGUUGAUCUCCGUAAUUCGUGCUUUAUCAGCAAGUGAAACAAAUGAGCAACGCGAAAUUGAGAAGGCUAAACUAGAAAAAGAGUAUAAGCGGAGCGAUCAACGAUUAGACGAAUUAGUCUCCCUGCAUGAUCAGGAUCUCACGGAAGUUAUGCAAAUAUUCAGCGCAUUGUCUGAGAAAGUAACAUCAUCACGAGAGAAGAUUCAUGCGGUAAAAGAGAAUUUAAAUGCCUGUAAACAAUUGCUGAGGUGUAAGCGAGAGGAGUUACUCAACUUGUGGCUAGAAGGAAUAGAACAUAAACAAGUCUUACAUCUUUUAAAAGAUGUAUCUGCAGACUCAUGUGGACGUAUGGUACCUUUAAUAGAACCUGAAUCAUUAGCAUCAUCCAAUACAUCGCAUGGUCCCUCAGUAGACCAAUAAAUAUUCUAUAUAUAUAUUUCACUUAACAUUUUAUAAUAUAUCAAUAAUAGAUGUUACUUGAUCUAAAAGUUAUGAAUUUAAUGUGUAGAAAUUUAUAACAAUAAGAAUAAAAUUAAUCAGUUGAAAUUA